AUGUCUGAUUUUGAAGUGGAGAGUGACAGCGGUGAGAACACCGACUCAGAGCCCGACACAGCGCUCCCUCCUCCCGCAAAGAGAAGGUUGACGCCUCCUUCAGGCACCGCCUUGACGGCAGUGCGCAGACAGGACGUUGGGGACCAAGUCUGGAUAGGAGCACCUGCUCCAGAAUCAGGUCCUGAAGAGAUGGGGAAAGACGGGAGCGUGUGGCUGUCUGUGCCACUAGGCACAGGGCGCGGAAGAAGGCCAUCUCAAAAUAUUUUGAGGGAAAUUGCAGGCCCUACUGCAUUUGCAAGGCAUGGGAUCCACGACCUGGAGAGUGCUUUCCUGUGCUUGAUGGAUCCCCUGCUCCUCCAGCACAUACGGGACUGCACCGUGGCUGAAGCGCGUCGCUCUGGGAUACAGUGGGACCUCUCCAUCCCUGAGCUCAAAGCUUUCAUCGCGCUUUUAUACGUCAGGGGAAGCUUCAAUAAAAAUCUGGAGAUGGAGAGCUUGUGGUCAGAUGAGUGGGGGCUUCCAUUUUUCAGAAGCACAAUGCCUCGCAGGAGAUAUAGACAGAUAAUGCGUUUCCUUCGCUUUGACCGCAGAGAGGAGAGGCAGGCCCGACUCGCAAGUGAUAAGUUUGCCCUCAUAACGGACGUGUGGAGGGAUUUCGUCACCAACUCUAUCCGGUGCUACAGGCCAGGAGAAAAUGUUACGGUGGAUGAGCAGCUAUACCCAACAAAAGCACGCUGCCGUUUCACUCAGUAUAUGGCCAAUAAACCCGAUAAAUUCGGCAUAAAAUUUUGGAUGGCGGCAGACGUUGAUUCCAAAUAUUUUCUCAAUGGGAUCCCUUAUCUUGGGAAAGAUGCAGCGCGGCCUGCUGGGCAGCGCUUGGGGGAGAGAGUAGUGCUCAACCUCAUGGAGCCAUUCAUGGACAAAGGCAGGAAUGUCACCACUGACAAUUUCUUCACCUCGUUAUCCCUAGCCAAAUGCCUGCUGGCGAGAAACACCAGCCUCGUCGGGACCAUGAAUGCUGCGCGCAGAGAACUCCCACCUUCAGCGAAACAGCGCGCAGAGCUCCACAGCACCAAGACGGUCCUUACAGGCACAGAGGGGAAGAGGAAGCCUGAGACCAUCACCUUUUAUAAUACCACAAAGGUUGGUGUAGACUCGCUGGACCAGAUGGCUCGCCUCUAUUCAACAAAAGGUGCGACAAGGAGGUGGCCCGUGGCAGUUUUCUGCAACAUCCUGGAUUUGGCUGCAAUAAACGCAUGGGUCCUAUACAGGCAGUGUACAGGGGCAAACAUUGCGAGGCGCGCCUUCAUCCUCGAGCUGGCCAAAGAGCUGCGCAGGGAGCACAUGCUAGCAAAAGCCGCCCCCCCUGCAACAGUGCAGAGACCGCUUCUCCCGCUUCCCUAUGUUCCCCACCCACAGGUGCCAGAGAGGAGACGGCAGUGCCAGAUCAAUGCCCACUGCAAGCAGAAUAAAACCACCGUGGUCUGCAGUGGGUGCAAGCGGCCUGUAUGUGGCAAAUGUGUGGUCCAAUUAGAACCUCGUUGCCUGAAGUGUGUGUAG